UCAGAUCAGCCUGGGGCGCGUGAACGGCACACUGCGGGAUUCUGAUCUAAAAUACGCAUUUUAAUAGCAAUUGGAAGAAUACAGAUAUCUUUACUCACAGCGAACGUUUCAUCUUUUAUAAACUGAGAUAAAGAAGAAUCUAAAUAUAACUUUUAAGGCGAGUUGCUCUGGAACCAACAAUACUUUUUAUACUCACACAGCUUCAGAGAUACAACGACGAAACAUUUACACACUCGAAUUUGUUUAAAAGAAUCGCGCGCGUUUUUAAGCCCGUGGUGUUAUUUUUUGGGUCGGAGUUGCGCGCGUAAUUACGCACGGCGGCUCCAUAUGGCGCACAUGUGCAGGCAGAUCACCGGCAGCGCGGCGAGCUGCGCGGGCUGGGUCGGGGUCAUCGUCGCCACGGCAACCAACGAUUGGGUCCGGACCUGCGACUACACGGUGACCACGUGCCUCCGCAUGGACGAGCUGGGCUCGCGGGGACUCUGGGCAGAGUGCGUCAUCUCCCCGGCGCUGUAUCACUGCGUGGCCCUCAGCCAGAUCCUCACCUUGCCCGCGUACGUCCAGACGUCCCGGGCUCUGAUGGUCUGCGCCUGUCUCCUCGGCCUCCCCUCCAUGCUGCUGGUCCUCAUGUCCAUGCCGUGCGUCCGGCUGCAGAACGACACGUCCGCCAUCAAGCAGCUCCGCGCCCGGGUGGGAGGCGUCCUCUUCGUCCUCAUAGGUGUGUGUGGCGCCGUCUCCACCAUCUGGUUCCCCAUCGGCGCCCACCACGAGGAGCACCUGAUGGCGUUCGGCGUGUCCCUGUACGCCGGCUGGGUCGGCUCCGGUCUCUGUCUCCUGGGGGGCUUCGUGGUCUUGUGUUGCCGCGGCAACGACCCCGGGACCCCGAGCCGGGACAACAGCUUCUACUACUCCCGGCAGAGGGGCACGGCCACGCCGCUGGACCCCCCCGCCAACCACGCCAAGAGCGCCCGAGUGUGAACAUCCCCUCAUACCCUUUCUGUACUAGGGCUGGGGGG